AUGCGGCAGCUCCUCCGGCACGGCCCGGGGCGCUGGGGCUCGCCCGGGGAUCGCGGGGUGAAUCACGGGGAGCAGCUCGGGGGGGACAAACACGAGCCCUCGGCUGAUCUGUACACGCCCCCCGAGUCCUGCGAGGGACGCUGCGGGGAGCCCUUCAGCGAGGAGGACGAGUGUCAUUGUCACCCCGAGUGCGGGACACAGCACAACUGCUGCCAGGACUACGAGAGGCACUGCGGGCCCGGUGAGCGCUCGGGGACCGGGAUUUGGGACGGAUUCUCCAGCAGCCGCGAUUCCAUCACGGAGCAGGAGCUGCUGGAGCUCUCGGAGCAGCUUUACCUGCUGGAUCACAACAAAGCCCGGCCCGGUGACAUCGCCAUCAACCCCCAGCACCUGGCGGGCCCCGACGAGACCGGGGACAAGCGGGACCGGUCCCCGCAGCCGCUCUACAGAUACGUGAACGAGGAGCUCUUCUCCAAGCCCACCUACGCCAGCUUCAUUAAGCUGCUGGAUAAUUACCAGAGGGCCACGGGCAGGGAGGAGGAGGUGACGGCCGAGGAGCUGCGGGAGCAGGAUGGAUUCCUGCAGGAGGUGAUGAAAACGGAGCUCAUGAAGAAACUCUUCGUGUUCCUGCAGGGGAAAAACCGCUACAGCUCCGAGCCGGAGUUCCUGCAGGAUUUGAAGGAGAUGUGGUUCGGCCUCUACUCCCGAGGGGAUGGAGAACGGGAUUCCAGCGGCUUCGAGCACGUUUUCUCAGGGGAGGUGAAAAAGGGAAAAGUGUCCGGAUUUCACAACUGGAUCCGCUUCUACCUCCUGGAAAAGCAGGGCGGCGUCAACUACUUCAGCCACAACUUCAACGGGCCGUGGGACACGUACCCCGACGUGCUGGGGCUCCAGUUCAGCUGGGACGGCUUCUACAAAGAGGUGGGGUCGGCUUUCAUCGGCUGCAGCCCCGAAUUCGAGUUCGGCCUCUACUCCCUCUGCUUCCUGGCGCGGCCCGGCCGGGCGUGA